GGAUUCGAAUAAUUUGCUGCCGACCUACGAUCUGCACUUGCAUAUUGCAUAUGCACAGAACAUGCAGUGUUGGUCGUUCGGUAUUGAAUGUUUCACGCCAAAUUUUCAUGAGUAUAAUAUUGCGUAGUUGGACGUCGGGAGAAUCAGGAAUAGUUUUCACUGUGGUGAAUUUUUACUGUGUUUUCUGGUGGAAUACUCGGUUUCAUUCGAAGCAUAUCCUAGAUCAAGUUUGAAAAAACCUGUGGUGCUCUGGUCUUUCUAUGACCCUCUUAAGUGAGAGGGGAGCGGGGAAUCCCAUUGCAAGCAUCGCGUACGCGCCAGUAUGUGUUGGAAAGUGAUGUUGGUGUGUUGCGUUUUUAAGGAGGAAAUGUUUUAUGUGUCUGUAGGCAGUGCAAUUUCUUUCCGAUUAUUUUGUAUCUACCAUAAUGGAGCAGAUUUUACAAGACUGGGGUGUUGCACAGUUGAAAGAUAUUUUCAUGGGUACACAAAAUUUCGGCUGCGAGAGGAGUAUAAGGACAAGGAUUUUCGAGUUUCUGUAUUUUGACAUGAAUGUAUCUUCGAGCUACAUUUUCAUCUGAAUGAACCCGUAGAUCCGAACUUGUGUUUUUUAAAUCGUCACGAGUUCGUUUUUACAGGUACCUUCUGGUGGAAACGUCCGGUAUGUAGCAUACAUCGCAGACAAGGAGUUUCGACAAGAGGAAAUCUUUGAAGAAAAAUCAUGGUUGGGUUUCAUGUGAGGUAGUAGGUUGUAUAGAGCAGAGCUGAUUGAAUUAGAAAGGACUUGUAAUUCAAAGAAGGAUUCUUGCAUCAUAUCAGUGCUGACAAAGGAGCAAACUUCAAAUGGUUGCAAGGUGGAUUAAAUCUGCUUUUUCUGUUGUGAUGUUUUGAAUAUGUGAACUUUUCACAAUGAUGAACAUCAAUCCUGUGGAUAAAGAUGAAAUAGAACUGCUUUUGAAUUAUCCAUUGAUGUCGAAAUCUCUUCAAGAUGGCACAAUAACUUACAGUGGAUUCAUAGAAAUUAAUAACACUGACUAUAAAGUUUCAGUACAGCAAGUUUCUGAAAAAACUUUUGUCCUCCAUUUACCACAUAAUCUGAAGCAUUUGAAGAGGAAGUUUAGUAAUAUUAUGCAACAGCAAUCGACCAACAGCAUAGUUUCGUAUUUAGACUCUCUUACUGUUUACAUCAAAUCGAAAAUUCCUUCUAGCGAACCAUCCACUCACUGUGAUAUCUACAAGCAAGUACUUCACGAGUAUUAUGAACUCACCAGAUUCUAUGUCAACCUCAAAAAAUGUCAUUUAGCACGUGACUUGAGCAAAAUAAACAUUUCCACUGAAGAUGAUCAAAACAGGACACACUCUGUUGAGAUAACGGUAAACUACGAGAAUAAAGAUAUUUUCCAAAUAACUGAUUAUGACUUGCCACAAGACAAGGAUACCCUCAAAGCUUCUUCAAAUUUGAGAGAAGUUUAUGAGCAAUUUCAUCGGUCGGUGGAUAAUUUGCAAUCAUUCUUCAAUUUGAUGGAGGUUGUAGAUACUAAUAGCUGCAUUUUAGACCCAGUCCAUCCAAAAAAGAGACAUAACUAUAGAAGGAUUUGGAUUGGGGAAAAUAUCUCUAUGAUACUUACAGUCGAUCCUUUAAAUGUUUCCAGGAUACCUGAAAUCAAAUUCUUGGGACCUGAGCCAUUGGUUGAAGCAUACCGUACGACAAUAAACGGAAAUCUAAAAAAGUGGGACCAGAAUAAUGAUACCUUUUCUGAAAUUUUACACUUGAUAGGUAUAACUGAAUUUCCACAAAAAAAGGCUACGGUGAAUGUUGGCGAUGACUUAUUGAUAAUGAGCGGAGAUUGCAACAUUUGUUAUUCCUCUCGAUUAAAUGACAAACUACCUGAAAUUAUUUGCAAAAACAAAUUCUGUGAGAACUACUAUCACACAGAAUGUUUAUAUGAGUGGUUGAUGUCUGUAAAUGCGAGAAGAUUUUUCACAGAAGUUAUUGGAAACUGCCCUAAUUGUGAGAAAAAUAUAACGUGUCCCAUUCCAAGCCAGAUGACCUGAAGAAAAAAAUAAUAAUUUGUAAUUCUUGAAAAUAAAUUUAUAUUAAAUUGAAA